UGGUGCGCUGUGUCCCUCGGACACAGCGGAUCACUGAUCAUGGAAAGAGCCGAAGAUGUCGGCUCGGUCAUGUGAUCAGCUGUGUCCAAUCACAGCUGAUCACAUCAGUGCCACCUGUCAAAGUCCAUCAGUGCCAGCUGUCAGUGCCGAUCAGUGCCACAUGCCAGUACCUAUCAGUGCCACAUCAAUGCCACAUAUCAGUGCAUACCAGUGCACAUCAAUGCCACAUAUCAGUGCCCAUCUGAGCUGCCUUUUAGUGUCACCCAUCAGUCAUGCCACCUAUCAAUGCAAAUAAGUGCCACUCUUCAGUGCUGCCAAUCAGUGCCAGUCAGUGCCGCCUAACAGUGUAAGUCAGUGCCGCCUAACAGUGCCAGUCAUUGCCGCCUAACAGUGCCAUAUAUCAGUGCUGCCUUUCAUUGCCCAUCAGUGAUGCCUGUCAAUGCCCAUCAGUGCCACCUGCCAGUGCCUCCUCAUCCGUG